AUGCCUUGGAGAUGCCAAGGAGAUUAUGAUAAGAAACUGUCCUUAGCUGAAGGGGCAGGGGAAGGAGCAGAUGCUGGAUUACAGGAGGUUGAAGAAUGGCAUCAUGAAUCCUCAGUGGUUUCUGAUAGUACAUAUUACAGCACUCGUUCACAGUUUGAUUUGGCUAGAGUUGAGAAUACUAAAGAAUUUAAGCUGGGGGCGGGUGGUGACGUGAUAGAGAUUUCUGUCAUAGAAAUAGCACUUAAGCAGUUUUUUGGAACAUAUUUUAGAGGGACCAUCAGAGGUCUACUCAGAACAGGCCCAGUACCUGAGGAAGGAGAAGAUGUUGCUGCUACCAUCAGUACUUCAGAGACCCUGUCCGAGGAGGAGCAAGAAGAUCUAAGAAGAGAACUUGCAAAGGUAGAAGAAGAAAUCUUGACUCUUUCUCAGGUGUUAGCAGCAAAAGAGAAGCAUCUAGCAGAGAUCAAGCGGAAACUUGGGAUCAAUUCACUACAGGAACUAAAACAGAACAUUGCCAAAGGGUGGCAAGACGUGACAGCAACAUCUGCCUAUAAGAAGACAUCGGAAACCUUAUCUCAAGCUGGACAGAAGGCUUCAGCUGCUUUUUCAUCUGUUGGAUCGGUCAUUACCAAAAAACUGGAAGACGUAAAAUUUCAGGCCUUUUCACAUUCCUUUAGUAUACGCUCCAUUCAACAUUCAAUUAGCAUGCCUGCUAUGAGGAACUCCCCAACUUUCAAAUCAUUUGAAGAAAAGGUCGAAAACUUAAAGUCUAAAGUAGGGGGAACCAAGCCUGCUGGUGGUGAUUUUGGAGAAAUCUUGAAUUCGACUGCAAAUGCUAGUGCCACUGCCACGGAGCCUCUUCCAGAACAGACUCAGGAGAGCCUGUGAGAUUCCUACCUUUGUUCUGCUACCCACUGCCAGAUGCUGCAAGCGAGAUCCAAGUACAUCUUGUCAACAUUCAUUGCUAUGAAUUUCUACCAGAUGUGCUUUUAUUUAGCUUUACAUAUUCCCUUUGACCAAAUAGUUUGUGGGUUGAACAAAAUAAAAAUAUCUUCACCUCUGUUCCUGGGAAACACUCUUUAAUGCAUACUCAAGGUCCUUUCUUUAGGUAAUACCAUUAUAAAAAUUGUGUAGUGCUGGGGAACUCUGAUUAGAAUGAUCCAAGAAACUGCAGGUGACUAUAAUUGCUUUCCUACUUUCAAAAACUGUCCUGGAUUUGGGAUACAGGUUAAUCAUCUUUAUCUGCUAUAUAAUUUUCUUUUUUUCCCCUCUUUUAACUUCCGGAGAUUUGACUCAAUUAAAAUUAUUCCUAAAAUUUUCUGAAUCCUGUUAUUAAAAGUUUUGGCAUAAUUUUCCUUAUCUUCAGGGGAGGAACUACCAGCUACAAAAAAUAUUUUUGAAUAAGCAUUGUUUUAGUAAAGUAUCUUCUGUGUUGGGUGUCUGAAGACAGCAGAGAGUUAAAUAAAUCAGCUCUAUAUACAGUUUGCUUUAGUUUUGUAAGUGACUAUAUGCACAGUUCAUUCAAACUGAGGUGAUGUGAGAGUGGAACCAUUUCCUACUUGUUUAUCACCAUUUGUGACAGUUACCACUUCAGUGUAUUGGUUAUUAUGCCAUUUCAACUUAGUUUUCAUCAACUUGAAAUUUUAGUUUCAGAGUAAAUUAACAACAUACUGAAUCAAGUGUAUAGUGUUAUUAGUAGGGUGAAAUGUGAACAUUCUCAUCAAAUUGUUCAGCUCAAAAGUCUCAAAGUUUCUUAAAUCUAGGUAGCUGUAAAAAUGCUAAAACCAAUCACAUUAGGGUAAACAUGGUUGUCUUCAUUUAAUCCAUUCAGCACAAUAUAAAAUAAGAAGCACAGUUACAUGACUAAUAAAACUUGAAAAAUUUUUAUACUGUGGGGUUGCUGAUAACUCCUGAGGAUUUAAUGCAUUAACAAAAAUCAGCUGACCAUUUUCUACUUGUUUUCAGUGUGUUAGAAAUUAUAAAAUGAUACUGUAGACAUUGUCCCCUACUUUGAAAACUGAAUGUCAGGGCUGAAUGAACCAAAGCUUCUAUGUAGAGGCCAAGGUACUCUGAAUUUUAAUAGCUGCUUACUCAUCACCAAUAAUUUUUUCUUAUGCUGUGUAUGGUUAUGGCCUACAAUGUUGUAUUUGUUAUUUAUCAGGUUGUGAUUGUUUUAUUAUUGUGUAUGCCAAAUGUUAAUUGCCAUGCUUGGUGUGACAUAAAGCAUUUUUUAACAGCAUGACUAGAUUUACUUCAGGAUAAAUUAUCUUAUGAAAACCAAAUUUCAAAAGCCACAAGUGUUGUUAUAAAAUAACAUGUUGCCAUUAUUGAUUGCUAGAGCUUUUGUUAGCACUUUAGAUGCAACUGAAACUAUGCUUUAUUACAUGUGAAAAGCUUAAUAAAUUCUGUAUAUCAGCAGUAUAGGUCUCAAUAUUUAUUAUGACACCAGUGAUGGCUUGGAAACAGCUGUUGUAUUAAACAGUCAACUGGUGUCUACACUUUUAAAAAGACAUUUAUGUAACCAUCCUAUAAGUCAUUGCUUAAUGGUAUCUUACUUAUUGUAAGUUAUUUCCUUAAAGAGGCUUUAGGGUGAAGGACUGACCUGCGAGAAUGCAUGUGUAGAAAUUUGUCAUUUUAUAGAAAUAUUAUGGUUACUCGCAUAACUGUUAAAUUAUUUUUCUACCAACAUGCCCUUCAUUUUAUCACAUCUUUUCAUCACAUUGUUUUUGGUUGGCCUGCCCUGUUACUAUUUUUUUCAAGAUAACAAAAUGAAGUUAAGAUGGCAAUUUCUUUAGUUGAGUGAAAUAUCCUAAAAUCUCUUUACUAUAUGGGGAGAAAUGAUAGACAUAGCCGUGGAAAGUGGGAUGGGUGUGUGUGGGUGUUGGUUAUAGUUUUCUAGACAUCUGCCUACACUUAAACUAAAAGAUGAUUUAAUAUAUUGCAAACUACUUUGCCUCUUAAAAGAAGUAAUGAAUAGUAGAGGGAGGAUGAAUUUAGAAAAAUAAACAGAUAAAAAAAUUUAGAAAUAUUAUUCAAACUGGUCUUUGUGGAGGAGUCAAUAUUAUCAAUUCACAGGUAAGAAAUUUAGAAUAUAGUAAUUACUAAGGAUACUGGAGACAGAGAUUCUUGUGACUCAAUCCUUUGUACUUUGUUUUUGACACUGUAAGAAAACAGCAACUUAAAAGUGACAUCUCAAAUAUUUAAGGAUUCAGAAACUGAAAGAAGAAAUUAGUUCCUGAAAUUUUCCAUAGGAAUGGCCUUAAUUUAUGGAGUUUGUGAAAAAUAAAGCAAGAAUUCUUAUGCUUACAAUAGAGGCCAAAGUAAUCAGUGGAAUAGAAAUCAUGUUAGUAACUCAAAGCAACUACUGAAAUAGAGAAAAAACAUUUAAUUUGGAACAACUAUUUCUGGAUUUGUUAAGAAAUAUACAUCAUUUUUUGGUAUAGUAUUUAAAAACAAUAAAAAUUUAUAA